AUGGCCGGCCGCAUCCUUUCGCCCAAGAUCGACUUCCCCGGCUCGGAUGAGUCCUUCGAUGACAUUGAUCUCACCUCCAACACUCCGGAGCCAAGCCGUCGCCAAGAGCAGAGACCAAUGCUCACUCCGGCCAACCACAUUGUGAUCCAUGAGGUCAAGGGCGAGCCGGAGGAAACGGUAAUGUUUUAGUAGAGGGAUUAGUGGGGGAGGUGGUGGAAAAUGGGAUUUUUUGGGGUUUUAUGAAUUUUAUAAAUAAAUUCAGGGUCUUCAGUGGUCGUAAUAGAGUUCACAACGUAAUUAAGGAGCUCUAAAUGAGAAUCCAGAGCUGCUGAAGAUCAAAAAGAGGCAAUAUUGUAGUAGAUGGAUCAGAUGAGGAGGCUUGAUGAAAAUGAUUUUUUGAUAUAAUUGACGCAGUUGUAGGAGAAUCUAAGGGAUUUUGAAGGUUUUGUUAUGCUUUGUAGGUUAUUUUGAGAUCAAAAAAUUAGAUUUUAGGGUGUUUUAGGGAUGAGAAAAAUACAAUAUUGUUUUAGAGGGAUUUGAUGACAUAACCUUGAAAAAAAUUGUUUUUUAGAGUUUUUGAAGAGUUUGUUAAGUAAGUUAAAGACCUCAAACGGACCUGUGGGUCAUCUAAAGUUGGUAGAGUAGGAUUUUGCGAGUUUAGUUUACGAUUUUAGGGACUAGAAAUGGUUGAUAUUGUAGUAGGAACAACAAUAUGAGAUGGCUUGACAAAAAUAUGGUAUUUUUUGGGAAUAUCAGGGGAUUUCAGAAUGGGAAUAGCUUCUAAGAUAAUGUAGAACUAUUCUAAAGAUGGUAGCAAGGCAAAUUUUUGCCAGUCAGCAUGAGAUUUUUUGAAUUUUGCAGACUUUUUGUAUGCCCUUCCCAUCUAAAUCAAGGUUUAUUGCUUUAACCCAAUUUUUUGCCUCAAAUCAUUAUUAAAAUUAACCCCAAUUCAUUUUCAGACUGACACGGCCACCACCUACUUUGAGAUGAACCAUCUUCCAUUCAUCGCAAUGUGCCUUCUGGCCGCGUCGGCGUCGCUUCUUCUUCACCGCUCGUUGCCGAUGGAUGUGGCUCUUCUGGGAUGUAUUUAUGGCAUCUUCUCCUGCUACUGUUUGCUCAGAUGGAAGUCGGUGCUCCGUUAUAUCAUCCCAGCGAUUUUUGUGGUGAGUUUGAAGGGUGUACUUGUUUAGUUCAGUGGUAGUGAUUUAGAGAUGCAGGUUCGAUUCCCGGUGGAAGAAAAAGGGGAAAUCAAGGGGAAUUUCAUUCUUUAUGAAUUGUAAAUUGUAGGGAGUGAUGUAAUAAGUGGAUAUAAACGGUUAAGAAGAUAUUUUAGAUAAGUUUUUGGCAAAAAAAAUAAAUUUUUGAUGAUUUUCCCUCAUUUUUCAGGCUUUUAUCCUCGGAAAAGCGGUCACUGACCUCUCCGAACUGAGUAUUCAUUGGGAAAGGACCCAAAACACAAUAAAGCCUGCCACAAAUGCCACCAACGUCCAUAACAAGCUCCCCUAUUUCAAUGUGAUGAGCCUCGGAAUCCGGGUCUUGGUCUUAUUCGUGUUCGCAUUCGUUUACGACUUGCUCGGCUUCGCAGUCGUCGAUCACUACCGACCAUUCUUCCGCUCCGGCUACAAAAUGCUUGCGUUCGUUGUGUGCUGGAUCACUGUCUUGACCGGAGUCCUCGCCGGCUUUGUCGCGCUGUUGGCUUAUACCGGCUAUGUGAACUUUGAAUAA